CCCGGCAUGCUUUGACGCAGUUUGCUUGUACAGCCGGUUCAUAUGCAUCGCUCAAUGCCAGAAUAACGCGACAGCGAGAGAAAUAACAUGCGUACAGGUUUCGUCUAUCCCGUCGCGAGUGAUAUCGAGCUAUCUGGUCUCGACCUGUCGAAUCCUCCCAAUCUGCGACGUCCCUGUAUCCAGGAAUAGGCCACUACCAUGGCGACGACUACGAUCACCCCCGUUAAGGCUCAGUUGACGGACAGACUACCGAAGCGCUUUCAGGGUCUCAAGUUCGGUAUCCAGUCCAGCCAAGACAUUGCGAACCAGGCCGUACUUGAAGUAUCCGACCGUCUUCUUUAUGAUAUUGAAAAUAACAGGGCGCCUUAUCAUCAUGGACCACUAGACCCGCGCUUGGGAACCUCCAGCAAAACAGGCAGGUGCAUGACAUGUCAGGAAUCCCUCCAGAACUGUACCGGCCACUUUGGACACGUCAGGCUUCCUCUACCUGCAUUUCAUAUUGGCUACUUGGGCUUUGUCAAAACAAUAUUGCAGAAUAUAUGCAAAGACUGCGGGCAUAUCCUGCUCACCGAGACAGAACGUCGCUCAUUCCUGAAGGAAAUGAGACGUCCCUUCAUUGACAAUCUUCGCAGGACAAAUAUUUGCAAGAAAAUCAACGACCAAUGUCGCAAAACCAAGACUUGUCACUACUGUGGCUCCAUCAAUGGCCAGAUUCGGAAAGUAGGGGUUCUCAAGCUCGUCCAUGACAAGUUCGUGGCGUUCAACAAAUCGACAGCAGCUAAGAAAAUCCCGCCGGAGAGCAAGCUUAUCUUUGACGAAUCUUUCAAUGAAGCCAGGAAGCACAACCCUGACUUGGACAAGCACCUCCGCAAAGCUAUGGAAGACCUGAAUCCGCUCAGGGUUCUCAACCUGUUUAAAAUGAUCAGUUCCACAGACUGCGAGCUGCUGGGCCUUGACCCUGUUGAGGGCCGACCCGAAAUGUUCAUAUGGCAGUUCCUACCGGCUCCUCCCGUUUGUAUCCGGCCGUCAGUCGCCCAAGACAAUGCGAGCACUGAGGACGAUCUAACAACGAAGCUUGCCGACAUCGUUUGGAUCAGCGGUAUGAUACGGUCAGCUCUCCAGAAAGGCAAUCCCGUCCAGACCAUCAUGGAGCAGUGGGAAUACCUCCAGCUGCAGAUUGCUAUGUAUGUCAAUAGUGACGUACCUGGCCUCCAGCAGCCCGGUUUCGGCAAGACGGUCCGUGGCUUUUGCCAGCGACUCAAGGGAAAACAAGGCCGCUUCCGAGGAAAUCUUUCGGGCAAACGAGUCGACUUCUCCGGGCGUACGGUCAUCUCUCCAGACCCAAAUCUCGGCAUCAACCAAGUGGCUGUUCCCGUUCUAGUUGCGAAGAAUCUCACAUACCCCGAGCGUGUCUCCGACUACAAUAUUGAGAAGCUCAGAAAGUGUGUCCAGAAUGGUCCAAGCGAAUGGCCGGGUGCUCAGAUGGUGAUCAAAAAGGACGAUGGGUACAAGCUCUCGUUGAAGUUUGUCAACCGGACACAAGUUGCUCGUGACCUAAAGGUUGGAGAUGUGGUCGAGCGUCACUUGGAGGAUAAUGACAUUGUCCUGUUCAACAGACAACCAUCACUUCACAAGCUCAGUAUUAUGAGUCAUUUAGUGAAAGUCAGGCCCUGGCGAACUUUCCGUCUGAAUGAGUGUGUCUGCAGUCCUUACAACGCGGACUUCGAUGGGGAUGAAAUGAAUCUACACGUUCCUCAGACAGAGGAGGCUCGGGCGGAAGCCAUUAACCUCAUGGGUGUCAAGCACAACCUGGCCACGCCCAAGAACGGAGAGCCCAUCAUUGCCGCUACGCAGGAUUUCAUCACUGCUGCUUACUUGUUGAGCAGCAAGGACCGGUUCUUCGAUCGGAAAACGUUCACUUACAUCGUCAUGCACAUGAUGGAUGGCCUGACCCAUCUAGAUCUCCCGCCCCCGGCAAUCCUCAAACCCUGCGCACUAUGGACGGGAAAACAAGUCUUUAGCAUGAUGCUACGACCGAACAAAGAUUGCAAUGUUAAAAUCAACCUUGAUGCGAAAUGCAGAGAAUACAAGGCCAAGCCGGGACAAUGUCCUGACAUGGACCCGAAUGAUGGUUGGCUUGUGAUCCGGAACUCAGAAGUCAUGUGCGGCCGGAUGGACAAGUCGACAGUUGGUGGGGGAAAGAAAGAUUCUGUCUUCUAUGUUAUCCUUCGAGACUUUGGCCCCGACGAGGCUGUUGUCGCCAUGAAUCGCCUCGCGAAGUUAUGCGCUCGACACCUAACUAACCGCGGUUUCUCUAUCGGUGUCGGCGACGUGUUCCCCACAGAAGCCCUCUUGGAGAAAAAGAAACGCCUGGUCAAGGACGCGAACAAGCAAGUGGAUGAGCUUAUUGGCACAUACAAACAAGGCAAACUUGAGAAGGCCACUGGGUGCGAUCUUGAGCAGACGCUAGAAAACUCCAUAUCUGGCCUCUUGAGCAAGGUCCGUACGCAGGCUGGAUCGCACUGCAUACAGACGCUCAGCAGAAACAAUGCACCUUUGAUCAUGGCCAAAUCCGGGUCCAAAGGCUCAGAGAUCAACGUGGCUCAAAUGGUGGCAGUCGUAGGGCAGCAAAUUAUCGGCGGAUCGCGAGUCGCCGACGGCUUCCAGGACAGGACGCUUCCCCAUUUUCACAAAAAUGCCCGCCAACCUCCGUCCAAAGGUUUUGUGGGCAACAGUUUCUAUUCAGGCCUGAUCCCAACUGAAUUUUUGUUCCAUGCCAUGUCGGGACGCGAAGGCUUGGUUGACACAGCCGUCAAAACUGCCGAGACAGGGUACAUGUCUCGCAGACUGAUGAAGUCGCUGGAGGAUCUUUCUACUCGAUACGAUGACACGGUUCGAACAUCAGGGGGCGGCAUCGUUCAGUUCCAGUUUGGCGCGGACAAGCUAGAUCCAGUGGACAUGGAAGGUUCUGCAAAACCCGUCCACUUUGAACGGACGUGGUCCCAUGCUGAGAACCUAACUUGGAAUAAUGACGAGGCUGCCUUGUUGCCCGACGAGAUAAUGAGUCUCUGUGAUUCAAUGCUCGCACAGGAGCGUGCACGGUAUCCAAGGAGAGAUUUGCUCGGGGAUGGCUUUCUCGAGUACCACAAUGGAGAGGACAAAUUCACCGAUGAACACGAAGGCGCGAGGGGCUUCUUACAAUCCAUCCAGGACUACGUCGCGAGUCGAGCAAACAAACUAUCAAGGAUCUUCCAGCUCACUGGUCUGAAUUUGACAUCCCUCGACACAAACAUUGACAGCGUGUCAAACGACGAGGACUGGAGAGCGAAGAGAGCCUACGCAGAUCGUGUCGCCAAAGUAUCCGAGACUACCUUGAAGCUUUUUGUCCGACUUUGCCUCGAGAAAUAUAAGAAGGCGCACGUGGAACCCGGUCACGCAGUUGGUGCUGUCGGGGCCCAGUCCAUUGGAGAGCCCGGAACUCAAAUGACUCUGAAGACUUUCCACUUCGCUGGAGUUGCUGGUAUGAGCAUCACGCAGGGCGUGCCUCGCAUCAAGGAGAUCAUCAACGCCUCCAAAGUUAUCAGCACACCCGUCAUUACCUGCCCUCUUGUUCAGAACCGAGAGUUGACGGCUGCCCGUGUCGUCAAGGCUCGCAUCGAGAAAACGUAUGUUGCUGAUAUCCUGAGCUACAUCGAAGACGAAUGGCUCGCCAGUGCCGGCCAUAUCGUCCUUCGGGUUGAUAUGGAUGCGCUGGCAGAUAUGCAAUUGGGCAUCGGUAUGCAUGACGUUGCGGAAGCCAUCUGCAGGCACAGGAAGCUGAAAGUCCAACGAGGGGAUCUUCAUGUUGGUCCCGGCAGGAUUGAAAUCAGAGUUCGCAUUGAUGACAGUGCCGCGGCGAAGCGCUCGAUAAAGACCAAGGCGGAAGACCAGGCAGAUUUGCUCGUUCGCGCCAAUUUCCUCAGGAGGCAUGUCCCCACGGUGGCCAUCUCAGGAUACCCGAAUUCCAAUCGAGCCGUCAUUGAAUCGUCCAAUGAAGGCACUUAUACCGUUCUUGUAGAGGGGUAUGGCCUCCUUGCUUGUAUGAAUACGGAAGGCGUGGACGGAAAGAGGACUACGACGAACAAUGUGAUGGAGAUGCGGGAUGUUCUCGGUAUUGAGGCAGCGAGAACGACCAUUGCUCACGAAAUCGGCGUGGUUAUGGGAGACAUGGACAUCGACCCGCGCCACAUGCAGUUACUUGCUGAUGUCAUGACAUAUAAGGGAGAAGUUCUGGGCAUUACUCGCUUUGGUCUGUCUAAAAUGAGAGACAGCGUUCUGCAACUGGCUUCAUUCGAGAAGACGCCGGACCAUCUCUUCGAUGCCGCCGCCGGAAUGAAGACAGACAGAAUCGAGGGCGUCAGCGAGUGCAUCAUUAUGGGACAGACUAUGACUGUUGGAACGGGGGCAUUUCACGUUGUUCGCAGGCUUGCCCUUCAGCCCGGGGAUAUAUGUCAACGGCCGACUCUCUUUGAGGAUGCGUGGGUCGGAGAGACGGCUCUAAGACGUCAGGAGAGUCGACAGCCUCGCGCUGUUCCGAAAUAAACACCAACAGGAAACGCGUGCGUGCCGGUGUCCCCCUCUUUUCUGGAACGGGUAAGUUACUGCAAUGAGGGGACGCCGCUACGGAGCACUCUUUAUUAGGGGAUUAACUACUGCGUGUAUAAGGUACUUACCUACAUUUCUCCUUUCGCUUCCCUAUAUUAUCAUUAUUAUAAUCAUAGCCGGGGUCUAUCUUUUGAUGACUGUCUAGAGAGACAGUAUAGAUAGCUCGAGAGGUAGUAAAAAAUAGGGGCAAUUCCUACGCCCUAUAUUUCUAUAUCAGAGUGCUAGAAAAGGAUUAAAUCUAGUCUAGAAAAUAACUAUUCUCG